AUGGAGAAGAAUAAAACGGAAAAUGGGGGCAAAGAAAAUACACGCCUCGAAGAAAUACACAGCUUGGUUCACAUAUCUAACGUGGUUUUAAGUGACCCCAUAAAGUGGAGCAAAAAUGAAGGCGGAGAAUAUAAUAAAGAAAGCUUGCGGCAACCAAUUUAUAACUCUUUGCCACCACCCCCCGUUGUGCAAGAAAUAAACAUUCGGGAUUUUGAUCAGUACAUUCGUUACAUCACUAAGAUCAACACGCUGAGCGACGUAAACAUACGCAACGUGGAUGAGAUUAGCCUCCACCAUUUUGAGCGCAUUUUGAACAACCCCCCCUUGGUUGAAGAGGUGCAGAAGCGAGCAGAAUAUGUUGCUAACGGGACAGAUACACAAUUGCCCCCCUCAGGGGGAUCAUUGUCCAGCAUCGCUGACACGGGCGAACAGUCUAACGACCUGUCUGCCUCUCCCAAAACGCAGUCGCACUGGGAAGACAAGCAUGACGUGUUGAUCGCAGAUGAGGCCUGGUGCAACCUGUCCAGCCUUACGCGCCAUCAGGAGGAGCUGAGCCAAACGCUGGACGAUAUCGAUGGAGACAUCAACACACUGAUCCGGAAGGAAUUCCAAAACUACCUGCACAUAAUACCCGUUCUGAACAAGCUAAAAGGAGAAAUAAAAAAUUUGCAUGACGAAAUUAAAACAUUGAGUACACACGUGAAUCAGGUAAAAGAAAUGUUAUUAAAAAUUAUUCAUUUAAAAAAAUAUAACCAUUUGAAGAGGAAAUGUAAACAAGUAAAUCAUCUGCUGAACAAAUUUUUACAUUUUCAAAGGUUAAUAAAAAUGCUGAAAAAAUUUUUACAAAAAAGGAAAUUUUAUCACUGUCUUUUUGCAGUAAAUAAAAUUUUUAAAAUUUAUUUCUUUUUUAAAAAAAAAAAAAAUUUCUUAUAUUUUCAGAAAUAUUUUUGUAAUUUUAAUAUAUCCUACUUGAAAAGCUUCCUGUCUCAGAAUUUCCUUUUUUUGUUUUUUUUCCACUCCUUGUUGUUUUUGUUUCGACCUAGGCGGGUCAGGAAACCUUCGCUUUGUGUCACUCACUUGGUUAAAAAGUGGGCUCGUCUGCGCUGUAGAAGUUCCCGCAUAAAGACGGACGAUACGACCACUACCCAAGGGGAGACCCCCUUCAGUGACAACCCAGCAGAGUUAAGCAAAGACUACACCCCGCACCACCCCUGCUUGAACUUUUCUUCCAAAGAUAAGGCACAAAUCAACACCUUUGUAAAAUUUCACAAACGGGUCAACGAAGAGUUUAUGCGCAACAUUCACAGGAAGAAAAAAAAAUUUGUCAAGUGCCGGAAAAGGGAGGAAGAAAAUUUUUUUGUGAAACGAUGGCACCAGGGAGUCUUCUCCCAUUUUUAUAAAACGAUGAGAAGGAGAGGAACGUUUAACUACCACCUUGUUCACUUGAAUAAUCUCUUCACCCCGGCACUAUUCUUUAACAAUUUCUUCAACUCACUGCGAAGUUUCUGUUCCAAGGAAAACUACUUAAAGCAUUUUGUGAACGACCUCUUUUAUGGUGUGUUGCACGAAACCAUCUCGACCUUUCAACGCGAUCAGUUUUACGAGUUCGGGGAGAAAUCCCUUUUCCGUGCAGAGGAGGUAGCAGCCCAGUCAGGGGGGGAAGAAAGUCCAUCCCCUUGUGAAGAAGCAGAUGUAGUAGAGGUACACUUACAUUUGAAACCAACAAAACGAGCAAAACCAGAAAAGACAAAUCAACCAAUAAGUGAACAAUGUGCAAGUCAUGUGGAACGAUAUCCCUCCGGAAGAAUAACCCUCACAUGUGAACAUCUCGUGAUAGAAAAAUGUAAAACAAAAAAUAUUCUCAAAUGUGAGCAAGACACAUGCAACAACAAACACCUGUACAGACAGGUGGGCCUUCUGCCCAUCCCCAAUUUGGUGCAUUUCUUGAAAAAUUUUUUGCGGAAAAUAAAAAUUAUUCAGAGGAGGAUAAAUAAGUGGGCUUCAUUUUUAAUGGACAAAAUUAUUUCCUCUCUUUUGAACGAAACGUACAUGGAGAGCUUCGCCAAACACACGCCGCACCUCACGCUGCAAAUGCCGGUGAACAGCUUCCCAUUCUUCAAAAGAAGCAAAUCAUCUCACAUGAUAAAACACGCAUACUCCAACUUGUGGAAAUGCUACCGAGAUAUGCACCACACUCUUUUUAAACUCCUCCUCGAAAGGAUAAGCGACGUAUUAAAUGUUAGAACAAAAUCAAGUAUGCACCUUGGCAUCAAUCAGGUGAUUUCCCUUUAUUGGACCAUUCUCCCCAUCUUAUCCUUCGUCCGCAGGAAGGGUCGAAUGUUGCGGCAGGACUACACUCUCCUUUUUGUGAGCAGCGUGAAUACGGUUUUGAGACGUGCUCAUGUGUGUAGGAGGAUGCACCUGUGUGAGAAACCCCUCGAGGGGACCAGACCACUCCGUGUGAGGAGAACACUGAAAAGGAACCAAUUCACCAUCGCCAAAAAGGUAAACAAAUUGAACUACAAUGUUCGUACGUCACGGCGUGGAAUGAGUGAAAUAGGGGAAAUCCCCCCUGUUUGUCUCCCCAUGAGGAAAGAAGCCAUGUGUUGUGAGGACCAAGCACAUGUACGUAGUGACUUGGUGGACGAAUCGAACUACGGGCUACCGCAACAGAGUGGCCAAGUAAGAGCACAAAAUUGGGAACCAUUUACGUUUAACCCUACGGGAGAGUGUCACCCCAGCUGCUUCCUUCCAAAUAGUGCAAACCUGCGCAUAGGUAGUGAGAACUUCCACGUCCCACGCAAUGUAAGCUUAGCCAUCCUGAGGAGAGGUAACAGGGAGCAAGUAAAACUGGGUCGCUUCCUUCAACAGGUAAUUCAAAAGACACCACAUGGGAAGGAAAUCAAGUGGAGACUCACCCAUGAUGAGAAAAAGUUCUGCAAACAAAUCACAAAACGCAUAAGAACCGAAUCGCUAGUCGCCAUAAAUCACUUUUAUGAAUUUAAAAAAAUACAAAUGGACAAAUCGUUAGAAAUUGAAAAAUGGAAUGUACUGGAGGACAUUCCACAAGAAAUAAAUGCUCAGAUGGAAAAAUAUUUCAACAUAAAAAAUGAACAUACAAAUAAAUUGUGCAUGAAUGACCAACUGUUUUACUUAACUAACAGCAGCGUGUCUUUCUUGUGUAUCAUUUUUCAGUACAUCCAUUUCAUGCUCUCGCUACCAGAUGUUUCGUUUGAAAUUGUUUUGAAGAUUUUAACCUUCUGUGAUAAACAGUUGCUCAAAACGGUUCAUCAUUUCAUCAUGGAUGGACAUGCCGUUACCAACUGCACCCUCAAGAGCAUCACCAUUAAGAUCCUGGCUCUCGUUAUCCACACCCUCGAUUUCGCCGACUCCACGCUCAGGCGCGUAUAUGCCAUUUGGCGCCACCUCCUGUGCACGCGUCGGGGUGGAGCGCCUUCAGUGGCGGUGGGCAGCCAUAUGAGCAACCAUAUAAGCAGCGAGGACGACAUCCCCAAUGCGCAAACAAACGUGACCCCACUUGCAGAUCACCCUCAUGACCGCUACACUGUGGAGGACCCUCAUCGUGCAGACACCCAAUUGGAAAACGAGACAAUGAAUGUGUGGGGACAUGACCAACUAAGGCAUCCUCCAGAUAAAAAAUUCACCAAAGGGGAAAGAACAACAAUUAGUAAAAAGACGUACUGCGGAGGGAACGACGAAAAGUCGUCGUUAGAAAAAAAGGAGAAGCAUACUCAUGGUGAUAUAUUACAAGGGAUGAAUACCAACUGGGUAAACAGCGUUCUAGUAAAUUUUACAAAAUGUGUAAAGUACCCCACCACACAGAACCGUAAGCGCAUCCUUCGUGGCAUCCGCCUCUCGAAACAGGAAGAAAAAAAAGUGAAAGAAAAUUUUAAGCACAUCCUAGAUAAGUCAUUUCUUUUAAAAAAAAAAUUAGCGGAAAAGAUAAUUGAUAUUUUAUCGACUCGAUUUGAUUAUUGCACAAACAUCUGGUUGGUGUCGGACAGUCUGUUGGAGAAUCACUUGGUGAACUCCCUUAGCUACGAGUGUGACAUAUUGCCCUAUGGGAUGCAGCUGCGCUCCACCUUCAAGCUCCUGAGUACCUACCUGCGCGAGCAGGACACCAGGAAUAUCUACCGAGACCUCUUCCAAGACAUCGCGAACCGUUUCAGCUUGCGCAUUAAUGUCCUCAAAGGAAACGACCAGUAUAAGAAAAUUAUUUCAAGACUGAUGGACGACGCCGCGCCAGGAAAAUCACAAAUUGACCAAUUGAUUAUGCACUAUCACAACUACGAACUUAAGGAGAAGACUGCUCACAACAUUCACAAAAAUGUCGGCGACAAAAUCCUCAUCGACAUGACCAACGUCUUAAUCAUUCUCUACAAGGUCCCCCUUUUGUCUGACAUCAUUGAAACCUUCUUAAACGAUUUUUUAAAAAUUUGUAAGUCCCACUGGUACGUAACCAUAGACCCCUUUCUAAUUCUGAGCAAGUACAAAAAGUAG